GUUUGGAAUUUGCGCAAAUGAACUAAAAACUAAUUAUCAAGUAUUUGUAAAUAUGCAAGAGGAAUUAGGACGAACCUCAGUGGUAGCUGACAUGAGAAAAUUGUUCAUUGAAGCUGUGUCUCAGACAUCCCCGGAUUUAAACGUUAAUUCAAAUUUUGAGUUGCAGUUUAAAUUUCUCGAACCGAAUCCUUUGUUUUUCCUUGAUGUAUCAAAUCCACAUGAACAAUAUUUACGAGUGAAUUCUCGCGUGAACAGAGAAGCAGUUUGUUCACCUGAGCAGUUAUGCUGUUCAACAAGUAUUAAUUUUAGAGAAUAUGACAAGCAAACCAUUUCAGUAGAUACAAAACCAUGUAUUAUAGUUCUUUUACUUCUGGUUGAUUUAGUAAAUAUCCGUGACAGACAAAAUAGUUUCAAAGAAUCUAUUUUACAAGUUAAUAUACAUGUUUUAGAUAUAAAUGAUAAUGCACCUGAAUGGAGUGCUCCUGAAUCUCUAACAAUUUCUGCUCAACACGUAAGUAAGAAUUCAGUUAUACAUCAAAAGUUACUUGAACUUAACAAACUUAUCCCUAAAUUGGAUUUAACUAUAACAGAACAUACUGACAUAGGGACACGUAUUGCUUUGCCUCAAGCUACUGAUCCAGAUGCAAGACCAGAGAACACGACUUCUAUGUAUGGAAUUUAUGGACAAACAACAAGUGGAGCCUUCUCCUUAGAUUGGGACAGAUUACCUACUGAUACUGGUUCUUCAUCUCAUAAUACUGGGUCCGGUUUGUGGUUAAGGAUAAAUAUGGAUCUGGACUAUGAAAAUCAGACAGUGCAUGAAGUUCUGAUCUAUGCCUCGGAUGCAGGUAAACCAACACCGUUAACAGGAUAUCUGUUUAUAAAUAUAACAGUGACUGAUAUUAACGACCAUCCACCAUUGUUCUUAAAGCGAUCUGAUGAAAUUUGGGUUAAAGAACAUUCACCAGUUCGCACACAAAUUUAUCGUCCAGUUGUAAACGAUAAAGAUGUUACAGAUAGAUCACGUCUAAAAUUUGGUUUCUCACCGUCCAUUUCAGCUGAGACAAAACAAUUAUUUCAAAUUGAUAGAAUGACUGGAUCAAUAUCGAUAUAUGGCCAAGUCGAUUUUGAACAUACUCAUAAACAUCGUUUACCCAUAUUUGUUACUGAUGGUAAGUGGACAGAUGAGUCAGAAUUAACAGUAAAUGUUAUGAAUUUAAAUGAUCAUGUACCAAAAAUUCAGUUGCACUCUCCACUGAAAUUUGAACAGAAUGAUCGAAGUUUUUAUUAUGGUAGCACAUUGAGUGAUGGCCUACAGCCUACACGAUUUCAUUUAACUAUUCUUAUCAAAGAAAAUGGUCCACCUGACCAACUGGUCGCUACGGUGACAGUUACUGAUAAAGAUUUAACUGCUGAACUCCGCGCAAGAGAACUAAAUUAUGCGAAAUCAUUAAAAGAAAUGCCAACUGUCUUUUCCCAACAGUCCCUAAUAAAGUCACUCUCGGAAAUGAACUACUCACACAAUCCCGGACAACCACAAAUUCAUGAACCAGUAUGUAAAGUAAAUCACAAAGCAUUUCAUAUUACUCCACUACAUAUAGGUGAGAAUUUGAUGGAGAGCGGGAGGCUGAGGUAUAAAAUUAAUUUAGCUGGAGUUUCCUUGGACAGAGAACAAGAAGCUAAAUUUUUUGUGCAUAUAGAAUGUCAUGACAGUGAUGACUACGAUAAUGGAUAUCCGUUCAAUACAAGGAGUGACCGAGCUAUGUUACAUAUAUCGGAAUACAAAAGGCAUACAUCAACAGCUAUUUUAGAAGUUAUCGUUGCAGAUGAGAAUGACUGUUCCCCAGUUAUUAAGGGAUCUUUAACAGGUACUUUAGAGGAGGGGGCUCCUAUUGACACGGUUAUUCUUAAGAUAAUUGCUGAUGAUGCUGAUGACCCAACAACGAACGCUGGAAAUUUGGGUCUUCGAUACAGACUACUUGGUGAAGGUAAACCACAGUUUACUAUUAAUAAACAACAAAAUUCUAAUGAUGGACCUGCAAAAAUGAGAGAUUUGAAUUUACCACCACAACCAUGGUUUCACUUGAACUCAGUCACCGGUGAACUGAAGGCUUUAGUGAUUUUUGACAGAGAAAUAAUCAAGUCAAUUUCUUUGCCUUUCGAAGUUCGUGAUGGAGGGGAUAACAUAAAAGCAAUACCCAGCAUAUUUAUUGAAAACUCUACGACAAAAGUUAAUAGCAUUAAUGCUACCAUAACAAUCGAUAUUCGCGACAUUAACGAUUGUAUUCCGUCGUUCACUCAACAAAUAUACGAAUUCAAUAUUAGUGAAGACGCAAGACCACCUGUACGUAUAGGAAAAAUUGAAGCACAAGACUGUGAUGUAGAUGAGGUUAAUAAAAACCUAAAUUAUUGGCUUCAAUCAGUACAUCACUCAAUGCUUGCUGAAAAAUCGAAUCUUCCUAUUGAAAAAGAAUAUAUUUUUAAAAAUUCAAGCUAUCUUUCAGCACAUUCUACUUUAAUUAACUGGUUUUCAAUAUCAAAGUCCGGUGAUUUAUAUUUUCGUAUGCCACAACUAAAUUUUCAACUUGGUGGUUCUAGUUUUAUUGAUCCAUUAAUGCCAUUAGAUCGUGAAAAAUUAGAAUUAAUCAUAAUGGAUUUACUUGUUAAAGACAGUGGUAAACCAUCUUUAACUGGAUCAGCACAGAUUGUGCUAAGAAUACUAGACGUGAAUGAUAAUGCACCAGAAUGGGAAUUCCCAAGAGUUCAACAACGAAUGAUUAAUCUUAGUACGGAUGCAGCUGUUGGACAUAGGGUUGCACAAUUAAUUGCUACUGAUCCAGACGAAGGUCUACGAGGAAAGGUAACAUACAAUUUACUCAGUGGUAAUGAAGGUGGACAAUUUGAAUUGGAUUCAGAGAGUGGAUGGUUGUAUUUAGCUCAACCAAUAACAACUUAUUCUUCAACAGUUGAAUCUAAUGAUGAUACUACACAUAAUAGUAAUAGUAACGGUCAACAUACUAAUCCUAAAAGAUGGCACUCCAUUACAACUUCAAUGUUUCGUUUAUAUUUACAAGCAACUGAUCAUGGUGUUCCGCCAAAAACGUCAUCAUCUGUUCUGGAUAUUUUUAUUCAAAAACCAUUUAUUUCUUCAUCACUACUGGUAAAUGGACCACAAAAAUCUCGAUUAAAAAUUUACGAUCAAAAAAGCCAUACAGUUUAUAGUAAUAAUAAUAACAAUGAUAAUAAUAAUAAAAAUAAUGGAAUGAACGAUUAUGAAACAGAAGAAUCAGUGAAAUUAUCAACACAUUCUAUAAAUAAUGAUGCAUCCAAUUUAUGGAGUUCUCAGUUGCAUCAAUCUCAUAGAGGUCUAUUACUUUCUUCCGAUUUAUUAAUAUUAAUUGCUAUGGUCAUAGCUACACUAGCUGCACUUGUUUUAAUUUUCAUUCUAUUCGUAAUCGUUCGAUGUCGUAGUGUAAAAGCUCAACAAACAAUACGAACAACAGAAUCACCAUAUUCUUUCAAUGAUUCUCAACAUAAUCGAAUGCAUAGUCAACAAUCUCAGUCGACUAGUUCUACACAACGUAAUAAAAAAUGGCAUAUUAAUUUUGGUACAUCGUCAAAUGAUUUUAAAAGAAAUAAAUUUAAAAAAGUGCUUCCUGAAUCGAAUUUCAGUUUAACUCAAUGUAUACGUUCACCUCAACAUGAUUGUACAUUGCCUUGUCAUAAAAGUCAGACAUUAAGAUCAAGUUGUCUCAAUGGAACAAGGUAUACUUCAGAACAAGUGAAUCAAGAUGACGACUGCAGAUUAACUCCAUUGCUAUUUACUGGCACUUCAAUGAAAUCAGAUCAUCAGUCGGAUGAUGUAACAGUCUACUCAACGCGCAUUCCAGUAUCUCUUUCACUUGUUUCUUCUAGACCAAACAGUUUGGACGAAAACUACAAGUCCAAUGAUUACAGUAUCUUACUACAUACUGGACAUUUUAUGGAACCUCAACCACAAUGUACUCACCGUUAUUUAAACAAUGUUCAAUCAUUCAAACAAAUUUACGGAGGAAAUGACAAUGAAAAUUGGCUUCGACCUAAUCCUACUUGUACUUUAUUAUCAACUAGACAACCUGUUUAUUUAGACAAUAAUAAUAACAACAAUAAUACAGCUAGCAAUGUUGACAAUAAUGUGAUUUCACCGAAUAAUUUUACUUUACGUAGUACACCACAAAUCACUGUGUGUUCACUUGAUGAAACUAACGUAGAUAAUGAUGAUAGUCAUGUUAAUGCUAAUAAUAAAAUGAAGAACAAUUUAAAUGAUCAAACAAAAUCUAUUUGUUUAACUGGUAAUGAACAGCAGGUCAAUAAUUCAAUUAAUCAAAUCUAUACACCAUUAAAAUAUAAUCAGCAUUCCGCAGAUAUAACAGAACAAAAACCUGCUCGAGAUAAUCAUAAUUCCAGUUUUGUUUAAAUAAUUU